UCCAGCCUGCCAUGCUCGCCUGUAUCCCGCUCCCCUACCCCCGCGCGUCGUCCUCCAAGCUCCCCCCGACGCCGACGCCCCCGCCCGCACCCUUCGCGCCGUCCCACAAGCGCCCCCGCGGCCUCUGGAAGGGUCGCCGCGACUCGCCCGAUACGGCCGCCGCCUCCCACGCACCCCGCUCGGCCCAGUCUUCUCCCCGCCCUUCCUCCUCCUCCACCACCCUCGCAGACGACGACGACACCGCCUACGACGACGACGACCGCUACUCCGCCUCCUCCGCCUCCUCCAAGCGUCGCCGCUGUUCCGGCGCAUUCGACGCCUCGACCGACUCUCGCCCGCCUUCCCCCCGUCCCCGGCCCGCUUCCGUCCCGCCCCUAUUAGCCGACCUCCCGUACCAUGCCACCCAUCCCCGCCUCCCAACCCUCUCCCGCCUAGCCGUCGUCCGCUCCAUGCCCGAUCCCCUCUCUUCCGCCCACCGCAAGGGCAAGCAGCCCUCCACCGCCGACUACGAGGACUGGGAGAAUCUCAAGGAGCUGUAUGCCCGCGCCAUAGAUCGUUACGAUGCCGACGACGUCCCACAAGCCCUCGCCCUCCUCCGCGCCGUCACCCGCGAAUGCCACCGCUUUCUCACUGUCCACCCAGAUCCCUCCGUCGUCUACGCCGAUCCAAGCCCUCCGCCGCGAUCGUCACCGGGCACAGUAACCCCCACCGACGUCUGGGCCCACGACGUGUCCGCUGCGCUACAGUGCCACCCAAGACCCACCGAACGGCCCGCCGCCUUUCACGCGCUCUUCGGCAGCGCACUGUUCCACUUUGGCAACCUCGUCGCCCAAGACGCGUCGGUUCCCCUGCCCGACGAGCCUAAACUCGCAUCCGAUUACUGGCUCGCCGCUCUCGACGUCUUCCAGACGGGCGAAAACCUCCCCGCGCUCACCGGCGCCCCCUCCCACUCGUCUGGCUUCGCUGAUCUCACCGAAGAUUGGCGGAUGGCCGUCAUCUGGGGACGUACACUCGUCUGCCUCGCCGAUGAGAAGCUGACGCACUCGCUGCGUCUCGCAAAGGAGCGCGCGACGGGCGACUUCUGCGUCCUGCCCUCCGCCUCUCCGUUCGACCUCUCAGAGCCGAAAUGGCCCAAGGACUCCCCGUUCGCGUCCAUCGCCGCCUGCCGCCCGCCCGUCUCGCGCCGCGUCACGCUCUACAGCGCGACCGCGCACGACGUGAUGGUCCUCGCGAUGGACCAGUUCAGCCGGGGCAUCUUCCACAUGCCGCACGCCACCUCCCUCCCCUCGCACAACACCGCGAGCCACCACUCCCCGCCGCAGCCGGCGAACACGCACGACGCGCACGGCCACUUUUCGCGCCCGCGCGAGCUGUUCACGAUCGCGAGCGAGGUGCUCGGCGUCGCGGAGCGGCUGCCGGACAGCGCGCAGCGCGCGUACUGGGCGAGCUGGGCGGACAGCGUGUUCACGCAGAUGCGGAUGGAGGCCGCGCACGACGCGUGGCGCGCGCCGCUGACCGCCGCGCGCGGGCGGUGCUGGCUGAUCAUGGGCUCCGCGCACUCGGAGGAGCUCGAGGCCGCGCUGGAGGCGGGGCGCCGGACUGAGGCGCGCGAGGGCCUCGCGAUGGCGGUGGCCUUCUUUGAGCGCGCGAAGGGGGGUGCGCCUGGUGCGGAGGGCGAGCAGGGAGAGGAGGCGGAGGACGUGCGGCCGUUGUUGGCGGAGGCGCUGUUCACGCUGGCGAACCUGACGCCGGACGAGAAUAAGCGCGAGGAGCUGUAUUCGAGGGCGCAGGCGGAGGCCGGCGACGAGUUCAUGGUCGAUGGGGAUGCAGACGGAGACACGGACCCGAACGCUAUGGAGUUGUGCUGAGCGGCUGUGCUCGACGCUGCGUACUCCCGAAAGCCUCUACGACUCGCGGCGGCAUCGUCCUGC